AUGCUCACCGAGGAGCUCGUGUCCGCCGUCUGUGGCCCGCCCAUUGCUGCCAACACUGCCGUGCCCAAGGACGUCGGCAUCUACAACCACACCGUCGCGCCCGCUUGGCGUCUCAAAGCCACCUUCAAGAAGAGCUCUGUUGGCCCCAACUGCCUUGCCGUCAGCGAGAAUCACGUUUUCGCCGCCCAGGAGCAAAAGGCCCAUGUCCAUGUAUACUCACGCCAGCGUGGUACCCAAGAAACUCUCGUUUCUUUUCAUGAGAGGAUACGAAGUGUAGCUCUCGCAGGAAACGUCUUGCUGCUGGGCACUGCCGAGGGCAGGUUGAUGCUCUGGGAGACAUCAACUGGCCGUCUCGUCACCACGCCUCCUUGCCAUGUGCAGGCAAUUUCCUGUCUUGCCACUACAGACAGCCACGUGUUGACUGCAUCUGAUGACUCAAACAUUAAUGUCUGGUCCCUGGCCAGGCUGCUCGAGUACGGCGCCGAUCCUGGUUUCGAGCCCGAUCUGACCCUCUCUAAUCACCGUGGAGCUAUUACGUCCCUCGUGGUGGCGUCUGGCGACAAUGCCGAGACGAGCCUAUGUGUGUCCUCCAGCAAGGACAAGACAAGCAUCGUGUGGAACUACCAGACCGGUCAAGUUUUGAGAACCCUUCUCUUCCCGUCGAUACCCCUUUGCGCCACCCUGGACCCUUGCGCUCGCGCCCUUGUUGUCGCUGCCGAAGAUGGCUCCAUCUUCCUUGUCGAAUUCUUUGGCGACAAGCCUUUGCUCGGCUCGCGAAGCGCUGAGCUGUCCUCUAUCGUCGUCCAGGUCGGCUCGCCCUUGGGCGUUGCCGAUGCCGAUGCUGGCCCCGCCACUUGCCUGGCCUUGAACUACAACGGCACCACCCUCAUCACAGGCCAUACAAAGGGCAAGAUUCUCCAGUGGAAUCUGACCGACAACAGCCACCCCGCGGAGCUCGCAAACCUCAAUGCGUCUGUUACCAACCUAGCAUUUGUCCCUCUCCUUGCAUCCCACAAGUCGCACCAAACGCCAACCGUUGUCAAGCCCAACCAGUCUCAGCGCCAGUAUAUCCUCUCUACGCAAAUUGCUGGAGACUCGACGGCCACGCGUUUUAGCGAUAUGAUGAACACUCCUGGCUUUUCUGACGACACUAUUGCCCGCGCGCUGCAUGCAUUUGCUACGCCCGCGGCAAGCUCCGAGGCUGCGUAG